AUGCUUCUUAGCCCAAACAAUAUUGUCAAGGUGUUUUGUAAAUUUGAAUUGGAAAGUGAAACCUGGCUUGAUGGACAAUACAUCUUAGGAUAUAAGAUUAUAGAUGCAAAAGUUCAUCGAUUAUACUUUCAAAUUAAUUCUUUUAGAGGUUUUAGUGUUUGGCAUGGUGGAAAGGAUUGGGUAAUGUCAACAGGAGAGAUAAAGAGCACUGAAUUAAGGAAGGGUGAAGGGCUUUCCAAAAAGCAGGCUGCUCAAGAAUCUACAAUAAGGAAACUUAGGGUUCAGAUUAGAGAUCUUGAGGAGGAGAAAAAAUGUUUGACUACUAAACUUCAGGUAGAGGAGAAUAAGGUAGAAAGUAUAAAGAGGGAAAAAACAGCUACAGAGAAGGUGUUGCAAGAAACAAUAGAAAAACAUCAAAAUGAACUUGCAGCACAGAAAGAGUAUUACACUAAUGCUUUGGCUGCUGCUAAGGAGGCUCAAACAUUAGCAGAGGCUCAAGCAAACAAUGAAGCAAGAACUGAGCUAGAGAGUCGUCUAAGAGAAGUUGAGGAGCGCGAAUCUAUGUUAGUCCAGACAAUUGAAGAGUUGAGACAAACUCUAUGUAGAAAGGAAUAA